UUUAAAUUGGAUUACAAUAAUCCAUAAACCUAAAACCUACUCUCCACUCCUUCACAGCUCCGCACGGCACCGCUGCCGCCGCCGCCACUUCUCCUCCUCGCCGUGUCCGUCUCCUUCCCGAGGGAUUUUGUUUCAAUCCCAGUAAAAAAUGGGGAAGAAACGAAAACACGAGGAGGCAUCGAAAGCUCCGAAGGAGGAGGAAGUUGCUCAAGAGAGACCCAAACGCACUCUUUUAGGGUGGAAGGACGGUGAAGCUCCUAAGGAAGAUAAUUCUCCGACAUUUAGAAACAAAGAGAAGGUUCUUGUCACUUGUUCCCGCCGAAUAAAUCACAGGUACCGGCAUUUGAUGGUGAAUAUUGUUUCCCUCCUUCCACACUGCAAGAAAGAAAGCAAAAUUGAGUCCAGAGCAAGCAAAGGAAGUACUCUGAAUGAGUUGAUAGAGUUCUGGAAUUGCUCUGGUUGCUUGUUCCUUGAGUGCAGGAAGCAAAAAGAUCUUUAUCUCUGGAUGGUGAAGUCUCCUGGAGGACCUUCUGUGAAGUUCUUAGUUAAUGCAGUGCACACAAUGGAGGAGCUAAAGCUUACUGGCAAUCAUCUAAAAGGAUCACGCCCAAUUUUGACAUUUUCCUCAAAUUUUGACAAUGAACCUCGCUGGAAACUUGUGAAAGAAAUUAUUACGCAGAUUUUUGGUACCCCGAAGGACCACAGAAAAGCUAAGCCUUUUCAUGAUCACGUCUAUGUGUUUUCAAUUGUGGAUGAUCACAUUUGGUUUCGGAAUUACCAGAUCUUGGUUCCUCACAAUGAAACAGAUAAGGUGGAUCGAGGUGGUCUAGACAAAAUGUCACUCGUAGAGGUUGGCCCGAGAUUUUGUUUGAACACGAUCAAGAUAUUUGGCGGAACUUUUGGCGGUCCGACCCUUUACGAAAAUCCAUAUUAUGUGUCACCAAACCAGAUCCGCGCGAUGGCUAAGAGAAAGAAAGCUGGAAAAUACACCAAGAAACUCAAAGCCAAGAUGAGGAGGAAGUUGCAUGAAGAAGCGAAUCCCUUGGAGCCUGAUGAGUUUGCAGAUCUUUGGAAGGGGGAAGAAUAAUAACGUUACAGCUCAGCGAAGCUUCGAGCUUCAUGAUUCCUCCUGGCCGGAUGUUAUUUGGAUUUUAGAUCUAAAUAGUGGCUUGUUUUCCUGCUACUACCUUAUCUUCGAAUUAAAUCUUGGCAAUCGCCAAAUAUUGAUGUUAAAAGUAGAGCAGUGAACUAGUUUUAAGAUGUUGAACUGAAUGUUUCAAGGAUAGAAGAUUUUAUAUUUCAGUCUA